AUGUCGUUCAUUAAGACUCUGUCCAGAGUCUCUGCAGGUGAUCCAAGCCUCUUUGGCUACCCCAUCAGUAUCUUCUUCAUCGUCAUCAAUGAGUUCUGCGAGCGGUUCUCCUACUAUGGCAUGCGAGCUGUGCUUGUCUUGUAUUUCAAAUACUUCCUGCAUUGGGAUGACAACCUGUCUACGGCCAUCUACCACACGUUCGUUGCUCUGUGCUACUUGACGCCAAUCCUUGGAGCACUCGUGGCAGACUCUUGGCUGGGAAAAUUUAAGACCAUUAUUUCCCUGUCCAUAGUCUAUACAAUUGGCCAGGUGAUCUUGUCUAUAAGCUCCAUAAAUGACCUGACUGAUCACAACCGGGAUGGCACUCCUGAUCAUAUUCCAGUGCACGUUGCUCUGUCCAUUAUUGGUUUGAUCCUCAUUGCACUCGGUACGGGUGGUAUCAAACCUUGUGUGUCAGCAUUUGGUGGAGAUCAGUUUAACGAUGAUCAGGAAAAACAAAGAUCUAGAUUCUUCUCUAUCUUUUACUUGUCCAUUAAUGCUGGAAGUCUCAUAUCCACUAUAGUCACUCCAAUUCUCAGAGGUCAAGAAUGUGGCAUCCAUAGCAAACAGCGAUGUUACCCACUAGCCUUUGGAGUUCCUGCUGCCCUCAUGGCUAUUUCACUGAUUGUGUUCGUAAUUGGAAGCAGAAUGUACAAGAAAGUUCAACCUCAAGGCAAUAUAAUGGUUCAAGUUUCCAAAUGCAUUGGAUUUGCCAUCAAAAACCGGUUUCGGCAUCGCAGCAAGGAGUUCCCCAAAAGAGAGCACUGGCUGGACUGGGCAAGUGAGAAGUAUGAUAAACGACUUAUCACUCAGACUAAGAUGGUAUUGAAGGUGCUUUUCCUUUACAUUCCUCUCCCCAUGUUCUGGGCACUCUUUGACCAACAGGGAUCAAGAUGGACACUGCAAGCAACAACAAUGGAUGGGAAUUUUGGAGCUAUUCAGAUUCAGCCAGACCAAAUGCAGACUGUGAAUCCAAUCUUGAUUAUUGUCAUGGUCCCAGUUGUAGACGCUGUGAUUUAUCCUUUAAUUAAAAAAUGCAGGAUCAAUUUUACGCCACUGAGGAAGAUCACUGUUGGCAUGUUCCUUGCAUCUUUGGCUUUUGUCGCUGCUGCCCUUGUGCAAGUGCAAAUAGAUAAAACUCUUCCUGUUUUCCCUGCAGCUGGGCAAACCCAAAUCAAAGUAGUAAAUCUGGGUUCUGUUGAUGCAACAGUAAAGUUUGAACCUGGGCUUCAGAGUGUGCCUGUAGCACCUCAGAUGGAGACAGGCUACAUGACAUUUGAGUCUUCUGAGCUAAAUUUAUAUACUGUAACCUUUGGAAAUCAAACUGUAAAUCAUGUGGUCAGCUCACUAGAGAGAAACCGUCAUACUCUUGCAGUUAAAAAUGUUGGAAUGACCAUUGAAGCUAAACUGCUGCUUGACAAUAUCACAUCAAAACCAGAAGAAGGAAAUAAUCUCAUCAGAUUUAUAAACAAUAUGACUCAGACAGUCAACAUCACUAUGGAUAGCACUCACUUUGGACCCCUGGAACCUCUUUCUGCCAGUAAUUAUGAAGCCUUCACCAGAGGAAGUAAAGUUAUUACUGGGCAUACGGGUUCAUCUUCUUGUGAAAUCGCCUCAAAGACAUUUGGAUUUGGCAGUGCCUAUACAAUUAUAAUUAAUGAGUGUUCUGGAAGCUCAUUAACGGCAAUAUAUGUUGAAGAUAUCCCACCGAAUACAAUCCACAUGGCUUGGCAAAUCCCUCAGUAUUUCCUUAUUACAUGUGGUGAAGUAGUUUUCUCUGUCACUGGACUGGAGUUUUCAUACUCACAGGCCCCAUCUAAUAUGAAGGCAGUGCUGCAGGCAGGAUGGCUGCUCACGGUGGCUGUCGGUAACAUUAUUGUCCUAAUCGUGGCCGGAGCAUCCAAACUCAGUGAGCAGUGGGCAGAAUAUGUGCUAUUUGCUGCCUUGCUGUUGGUGGUUUGCAUUAUUUUUGCUGUCAUGGCUUAUUUUUAUACCUAUGUUGAUCCAAAUGAGAUUGAAGCCCAGCUUGAUGAGGAUGAGAAGAAACAAGCCAAAAGGGAUAAAGACCUUCUUGAAAAGGAAGCUGAAGCUGUCUCUCAGAUGUAA